CUCGGGCGGCGGAGGGCCCGGGUGCCAGACUCAGCGGAGGGUGGCGGGGCGGGCAGGUCGGUGCGGGCUACACGGCCGCGGCCAUGGGGGUCUUGAAAGACGAGCUGCUCAAGGCUAUUUGGCAUGCCUUCACCGCACUGGACCUGGACCACAGCGGCAAGGUCUCCAAGUCCCAGCUCAAGGUCCUUUCCCACAACCUGUGCACGGUGCUGAAGGUUCCGCAUGACCCUAUUGCUCUCGAGGAGCACUUCAGGGAUGAUGACGAGGGGCCAGUCUCCAAUCAGGGCUACAUGCCGUAUUUAAACAAGUUCAUUUUGGAAAAGGUCCAAGACAACUUUGACAAGAUUGAAUUCAAUAGGAUGUGUUGGACCCUCUGUGUCAAAAAAAACCUCACAAAGAGUCCCUUGCUCAUUACGGAAGAGGAUUCAUUUAAAGUAUGGGUUAUUUUCAACUUCUUAUCUGAGGACAAAUAUCCAUUAAUUAUUGUGCCAGAAGAGAUUGAAUACCUGCUUAAGAAACUGACAGAAGCUAUGGGAGGAGGUUGGCAGCAGCAGCAGUUCGAACAUUAUAAAGUCAACUUUGACGACAGUAAGGACGGCCUUUCUGCGUGGGAGCUGAUAGAGCUGAUUGGAACUGGACAGUUUAGCAAAGGCAUGGAUCGGCAGACAGUGUCCAUGGCUAUCAGUGAAGUCUUCAAUGAGCUUAUAUUAGACGUGUUGAAACAGGGUUACAUGUUGAAAAAAGGCCAUAAACGGAAAAACUGGACUGAACGCUGGUUUGUACUAAAACCCAACAUAAUUUCUUACUAUGUGAGCGAGGAUCUGAAAGAUAAGAAAGGAGACAUUCUCUUGGAUGAAAACUGCUGUGUGGAGUCUUUGCCUGACAAAGAUGGAAAGAAAUGCCUUUUUCUCAUAAAAUGUUUUGAUAAGACCUUUGAGAUCAGUGCUUCAGAUAAGAAGAAGAAACAGGAGUGGAUUCAGGCCAUUCAUUCUACUAUCCACCUGUUGAAGCUGGGCAGCCCCCCACCACACAAAGAAGCCCGCCAGCGUCGGAAAGAGCUCCGGAAGAAGCUGCUAGCGGAGCAGGAGGAGCUGGAGCGGCAGAUGAAGGAGCUUCAGGCCGCCAACGAAAACAAGCAGCAGGAGCUGGAGGCCGUGAGGAAGAAACUGGAAGAAGCCGCGUCUCGGGCAGCAGAAGAAGAGAAGAAACGCCUUCAGACUCAAGUGGAACUACAGGCCAGGUUCAGCACGGAGCUGGAGCGAGAGAAGCUUAUCAGACAGCAGAUGGAAGAACAGGUUGCCCAAAAGUCCUCUGAACUGGAGCAGUAUCUGCAGCGAGUACGGGAGCUGGAAGACAUGUACCUGAAGCUGCAGGAGGCUCUUGAGGAUGAGAGACAGGCCCGGCAAGAUGAGGAGACUGUGCGGAAGCUUCAGGCCAGGUUGCUGGAGGAAGAGUCUUCCAAGAGGGCUGAACUGGAGAAGUGGCAUGUGGAGCAACAGCAAACCAUCCAGACGACCGAAGCAGAGAAGCAGGAGCUGGAGAACCAGCGCGUUAUGAAGGAGCGGGCCCUUCAGGAAGCCAUGGCACAGCUGGAACAGCUGGAGUUGGAGCGCAAGCAAGCGCUCGAGCAGUAUGAGGGAGUUAAAAAGAAGCUGGAGAUGGCCACCAGUAAGACGAAGAGCUGGAAGGACAAAGUAGCCCAGCACGAAGGCCUGAUCCGACUGAUAGAACCAGGUUCCAAAAACCCUCACCUGAUCACCAACUGGGGGCCCGCGGCCUUCACACAGGCGGAGCUGGAGGAGCGCGAGAAGAACUGGAAAGGAAAGAAGGGCACGGAGUGACCGGAGUGACCGCCGACGGCCGCGCGGCCUGACGCUUGGUGCGAAAGACAAAAGGACCUGGCUUUGCUGCUUCUGGCUCUUCUUCCUUCAGCCUCCUGUGGGUCCGUGCGCUGAGGAAGCCCUGCUUAUCUUCCCGCGAAUAAGGGCUUACCUGAAAAGGAAAAAUGUCGACAUUGUCACGCUCUUAAUAGACUCUUUCUGUGAGAACUUCAGCUUCUGGAAACCCCUUUGCGCCUCUCAGCCUGUGGUGCCGUCAGCAGCGUGUCAGCCGCAUGCUGGGGGAGGAGCUGGGCGGCACCCGGGGUCACCGGACGGUCAGAGCCUCUGGGCCUGGGGUCAGGCGUUCCUUCGGCAGCACGUGUCCACCUCCGGGUGCCUGCUUCCGAACCGCACCGGCCAGUCUCUGCGUGCUGCCGCGCGACCUUUGCUGCUCUACGACAGAAGCCACUCUCUGAAGAGGGCCCUGCCUCGGCACGGCGCCCGCCGCCCGCAGUUGCGGUUGUGCGGAAGAGGCUUCUCUUCCACGCGCAGUGUUCCUGACCCGCGUCCGGCUUCAGCCGCGCUGGCGAGGAGGCAGAGGCCCUAGUAGACAGCGCUCCGCUGAGGCAGAUGCCGGAAGUCCUCGCUGAGCGUCGUCCACAGGCCCUGCGGCCCCGCGCGAGGUGACACAGGGCCGAGCCAGUCCUGCCACGGAGGCAGGUUCAUAAAACGGAGCGGAGUUUCUGUGGCAUCUCAUCAACAUUAUAACAAAACGACAUCAUCCAAGGACAUGCUGUAUUUAUGAAUCAAAGCUCAUAGAUGAACUAAGUAAAUCCCGUUUGGAAUGAGAGUCUGAUACUAACCAAAUUCCUCCUAAGGUUUAAAAUGGCUCAGCUGCCGAAGUGCUGGCAGGCCCCGUGGUUUUACUCCUUAGUUACUGUACAGAGUAUUUCAGGAGAGUGUGUGUGCUUGUCGUAAGAAGGCCUUUUACUUAAUAAACUGGAAUAUGAUCAUUUAUAUGAAUUAUAUAGGAAAAAAAUUUUAAAUGUAUUUUUGUCAUUUGCUGUGUUGAGAGGGAACAAAAUAUUUAUAAUUUUCAAACAUUCUUACCUAAAUAUUAUGCAGUGUAAUAUGCUGAACUUUCUUAAUUUUUCGCUAAUUUUCUUAAGAUAUAUUAAAAUGUUUUGUAUUUUUUUUUAAAUGUACUCAGUAAGAAAGAAAAAAAAAACCCAGAACAACAUACAUUUAAAACAGUCUGGUUUAAUAAAAUUGCAGGGUAAA